GACUUGAUCUACUCCUGCCAGUGGCACGUGUGGGGCUGUGACCUUGUGACCCAGAGUUCCUGCUGCGCACAGCAUCCCCUGCCCACCCCAGGCGGGCCGGCCACUGCCCAGGGCCUCCCGGUACCACUCAGGAAUGUGGGAGGGCCUCAGCUCCAUAAAGCCUGUGUCAGGGUCCCAGGAGAUGGGGUGUAUGGGUCUCAUGCUGCCGGAGAGGCACUGCCCCAGCCACAACGCUGGGGUGGCUCCACCCAGCCUCUUCCUCCUGCCAUCUGUGCUGACUCACCACCAGGGCCAGGGCUUGUGCCCCAGAGCCCAGCCAGGCAUCUAUAAAAGCAGACUGGUUCAGGCCCCAGCAUCCUGCUUGAUCACCACCUGUCGCCUCACAAUGUUGGGAGGCCUGGGGAAGCUUGCCGCCGAGGGUCUGGCCCACCGCACCGAGAAGGCCACCGAGGAAGCUGUUGACUUCGUGGAGGGAGUGGUGAAGGAGGUGGUGAAGCCUGCCAAGGAGGCUGGAGAGAAUGGAGCUGUGCGGCCCUCUGCCCCACAGACUCCUCCAGGGCAUGACCCGCCGUUGCCGGAGCUUUAAAGAAGACCCACGAGACAAGGGACAAAGUGGUAAAGGAAGUCACUGAGGCGGUGACCAACACAGUCACAAAUGCUGU